GACACUGGUACACGUCACACGGAAGCGAAAGGAACAUGAAAUGGACCCGAUAUUGUUGUUACACUGUUAACUUCUUAACAUAAACAAAUAAACAAGGUUUACAAACAAAGUUUAUUACGCGGUAAAUUUAAACACUGUAAAUGUAACUCUCGUCAAACUCUAAUUCUAGUUGAGGGCGGGUUAAUGGAAGUUCCCGUUUUGUUGUCGUGUGUUUUUUUCUGAUAACCUCCGGUCGGGAUUUCUUAAGCAUGAGCGGCCAGGAGGUGUCGCUGCUGCUGCAGGAGUGUCUGAGGCGCGCAGUCAGCGGACCGACGGGAGACACUUCGACGCUGCCGCACCGCCGCGGGUUGUUUCCGGAUGAACUGGACAUGCUCCUACAGGAGGCGGCGGACAGAAAAUGGCCGUUCGUGGAGGAGAAAUGGCAGUACAAACAGUCUGUGAUGUCUGAGGACAAAAUUAACUCUUCGGACCUCGUCAGGAAGCAUCUGCCGCAGUUACUGGUGUUUCUCAGAGACAGCAUCGCCGCAGAUGAGCCGCAGUGGGCCGUCGCUGCCGUCUUCCUGCUCGACCGGCUUCUGUAUUGGAUGGAUGCCUCGCAUGUCCUGCUGAAGAUUGCUAAAAUGUUGCACAAACGUUACCCAGACGUUCCCAUCGCCCCUCAGGUCAUCAUCAGACAGGCUCGUGUCUAUCUGAACACUGGUAAACUGCAGAAGGCCGAGUUCAUUCUCAGCAGUCUGAUCAAUAAUAAAGCUUCAACAGGCUGUUGGACGUAUCAGAAGGCCAGUGAUCAGACGCUAGUGCAAGCCGUCAGUCUUCAGGUGCGCGGACAAGUGCUGCAGACGCUAGGUCUGUGGCUUGAGGCUGCUGAACUCAUAUGGGCGUCUCUGAUUGGCUUUUACGCUCUUCCACAACCUGAUAAAAAGGGCAUUGGAACGUCCCUCGGGCUCCUGGCCAACAUACUGACCUCCAUGAACGACAGAGACUUCGCUGCGCUUCAGGAAAAGCCUCAUAUUGACUUGAGUUUUCUCGGAGAGACUCGCCAUCGUCUGCUGUCUGCGGCGCGGGCUGCCAAAAUGGCAGUUGUGUUCAGUCAGUAUGGAUCUCUGUACGUCCUGACCAAUGUGGUCGCCCAGGGCAUUUGUUUACUAUCCUACAGUUUCUCAAAGAAAUGCCCCAUGAAGGAUCAGCAAACGUACCUCGCUUUGGCUAAGGAGGCCUUUGAGAUCGGCUUGUUAACAAAGACGGCAGGAGACGCCGUCACCAGCAAGCUGGAGCUGCACACGUUCCUCAAAGCUGCUUACUGCUUAGCCACGACGCACAGAUGGAUGAGCGGCACGUCCGAGACGGUCAUCACAGCGACCAGUGUCUGUCGGGAAGCCUUCACUUUAUUUGUCGACUACUGCGCUAGAGCGGAUUCCUCUUUGUGUGCUGAAAUCAUGGCGAGGAUACAGCAGAUUAAGUCGUUGUUGAAGGUGGAAACUUUCCGUAAUUCUGACCCGCGCUCUUUUAUUCCCGACAGCUACCGUUCGGUGGAGUUCGGCCCUGUUUUGUUUGCGCUCGGUGAUUUUGCCAAGGUGUUGGAUGUUUUUGGGAAGCAUCACAAGUCAGUUUGUGAGGCAUUCAAGAAUGGCGUUCGAGGUGGUUCGUGCUCGACUCAUGCGCAAUGCAUAACAGCAUUUCAGACGGACACAGAAGUUCUUGCAACGGCCGAUCAUUCGAGCCUGCUUUCCUCCAAACAGAAUCCAUCUUUAAUUUUGGUUGAUCAGGCUCUUGAUGGAAGUAAAGGAGCAAGCUUUGUCUCUCCAAGCAAUCGAAGUAGUGUUCCCAACACCUUUAGACACAACAAAGGAUCUCAGAGUCAGUCCCAACCAGAGCAAGAGCCCGUCACAACUGAAGACGUUGAGGACAACGCACCGGAUACCCAACGGAGAGAUGUUCGGAAGAACCCAGAAGCAAGGACAUCUUCGAGCUCCUUGAACAGUGGCUCCUCAUGGGAACAAGUAUCGGGACUGUCUCAGAGUUGUGUGGAAACUGUGGAAGACAUUGUAGAUCCUUCUCAAACUUGUCGUACUUGUGAUGAACAAAGUAGUUUUGGAUCUUUUGAGGCUCUUGAUGGAAGUAAAGAAGCAAACGUCGUCUCUCCAAGCAAUCGAAGUAGCGUUCCCAACACAUUUAGACACAACAAAGGAUCUCAGAGUCAAUCCCAACAAAAGCAAGAGCUCAUCACAACUGAAGAUGUUGAGGACAACAUACUGAAUACAUCAGGUACCCAACGGAGAGAUGUUCAGAAGAACCCUGAAGCAAGAACGUCUUCAAGUUCCUUCAACAGUGGCUCCUCGUGGGAACAAGUAUCGGGACUAUCUCAGAGUUGUGUGGAAACUGUGGAAGACAUUGUAGAUCCUUCUCAAACUUGUCAUACUUGUGAUAAACAAAGCAGUUUUGGAUCUUUUGAGGCUCUUGAUGGAAGUAAAGAAGCAAACGUUAUCUCUCCGAGCAAUCGAAGUAGUGUUCCCAACAACUUUAGACAUGACAAAGGAUCCCAAAGACAAUCCCAACCAAAGCAAGAGCUUGUCACAACUGAAGACGUUGAGGACCAACAGAAAGAUGUUCGGAAGAACAGCGGCUCUUCAUGGGAACACGUAUCGGGAGCGUCUCAAAGCGGCAUUGAAACCGUGGAGGACAUUGUAGAUCCUUCCCAUGACAGCAACGAAAUCAAUAAAGGUGCAAAGUUUGACCAUCCCAAAGGUGGAAGCACUUCCUCGUUUUCCCUGUGCGAUAGCUUCGGAUCGCACUCAUCUUGGCAGAAACUGUCCAUGAGCCCCACGGAUCGGCUUACAAAAGCAUUCCCGCAAAAGAUUCAGGAAUGCCAAGGAACGACUCUGUUGUCCACCGAGAGCGAACCUUUUGAGGAACUGGGGUUUGAGCAUCUGUCAGACUCUACCGCCCCACCCUCGUCUACGGGAGACAAUGAGCCGCCGUGCAAUGAAUGCUUCAAGAACUGCAUCAUGGGAAGUGAUGUUCUGAUGGAGCGUGACUACCGAUCGCUCUUGGCUGGAGUUUGUCAAAGCUGCCUCGUCAAGCGACUGCCGAACAAACCGCUGAAACCCCUGGACAAUAAACAACUGGAGAAGGCCUACGAUGCCAUCAUCUUGAAGUACUCGAAGGUCUCUGGCGUCUGGAUGGGCUGCGAAACCAGCGUUUACAUUGGGAAAUCGAUGGGUGUCAAAGGCAAACAGAGACAAGCCAUCGAGCUUCAGUAUCUGCACCAGGAACAACUGCUCAACAGUUAUGUAGGGAAGGAGUAUCUGAAGGAUAAAGGGCUUCACGCACACCUGGACGACGUGGAGCGACAGAUGACGGCACAAUACUACGUUACCGAGUUUAAUAAACUCCUGUAUGAUAAUAACGUCACAACCCAGAUCUUCUUCAUCCCCUCUGAAGUGCUACUGGUUCUGGAGGCGGACCGUAUCUUGACCUGUUUGUCUGCAGAGCCAUACAUGUCUGGGACGUUUGUAAAACUCACAAACAACGCAAGAGGUAAAGCGGAGACCGAUGCGACCAAGUACGGCAUCGCCUUCGGUCACUUCACCUACGAGUUCUCCGGUCGUCAGGAGGUGGUGGUGGAUCUGCAAGGAUGGAUCACGGCGAACGGGAAGGGUUUAACGUAUCUGACCGACCCUCAGAUUCACUCGCUCAGGAAGCCGAGAUCCAGCAACUUCCAGCAGGCCGGAAUCAACAACUUCAUUAAACAUCAGCACGGAGACGACUGUAACGAGAUCUGCAGAGCUGCCCGACUCAAACACAUCACAUAAUAUACAAUAAUAGAACUGGAGCUUUACACAGUACAGAUAGCAGCUUCACAGUCAUGAUCAUUGAUGCAAACUACAUCAAAUAUUCAAAUUCUGCUUUAAAAAGACAAUAGUUUUAUUGACUCAGUUUAGCUGAAUUCACCCUAUUAUAAAAAUUUACUGCAUGUUUUAUUUAUUGAAAUUUAUAGGCUAUUAAAAUGUUCAUACUGUAUGAGGAACCGAGUAUUAUCAGUCAGACCACAAGAAGCUUUGUACACAAUAAAUCCACUCCCACACUGAAAUAUGUGGGUCACAUUAACAGAGUCAUAUGACAGUUACAUCAUUGAUGUGCGGCUGCAUCAUGUGACUGAAACCAGAAGAACUCCAUUCCAGAGUUUCAAAACAAAUACAUGAACACAAGCUCCUUCUCUCUGCUCACUCUCUCAUCAAGUCUAAUUUAUUUGUGCAGUUAAUUCUCAUAUUGUAUUUUCAGAAAGUUUUGGAAUAUUUUUCCUCUUUCUAAAUUUGUCACUACCGAAACACAAUAAUAAAUAAUUUAAUAAGAAGGGUUACUAUGACCUAUUGAGGUUUUGUUUACAUCUACCUCGUAAAUAUAUUUUUGCUAUUUUUAAAAAAUGUUUUCACAGGUAAAUCAAUAGCAAUUACAAUUUUAACAAUAUUUCAAGUGUAAUUUAUGAGAUUUGUUGUAUUUUGAAUCCAAUCUUUCUUUGUAAAAGUCAUAAAGUUUAUCAUACUGAUUUCAAAGUGAAGGAUUCAUUAGUUUGAACCAAACACUAUAAUAACAUCUUAGUUGAUCAUUCAAUAUACUUUAUUUUUGGCUAAACAUCGCAUGUUUCGGUCGUGACUGCACAUUUCCGGUAGUGACAGUAAUGUGUUGGUAGUGACCACAUCACAUUACACGAUUUAACUCACAUACUAAAACAUAUUAAAAUACUAAUGAUUUGCAUAACUGUACUAAAAUUUAGUUUAUUUCUCCCAAAUAAAUGAUUUUAUGUUUCUUUUUGUCACUACCAAAACAAUGAUGACACUACCAAAAACAGUCACGACCGAAACGUGGUGAAGUUUCGGUAGUGACAAUUUUCGAUACUUUUGAGCCGCUCAAAGAUGCUAAUAAGCACAUGGUUAGCUAGCACAGCUCUGAACAGUUGUACACAGAAAAAAACUUUAUUGAAUAACACCCAAAAAAGUUUGCUUAAUUGCAGAAAAAGGUGUUUGUUAGUGACGUUCCUUAAAGUUCCACACAGAUUUUCAGACUUUUGAACACAUUUAACUCAGAAUGAUGGACUUAUCUACUGUGAAAGAGAGGGAUGAGAGGGAGGGACACAGGAAUAUUUCCUGAUCAGAAAUGCUGAAGGGCCGUUCCACCGAAUGGGUGACAUUUGCUUGUUGUAACUCUUCAAAAUUAAACUUUAUUUUUUAACUUUUUUCAA